AAUUAUUUUAAUUCCGCUCCAAAUAGACCGGAUCGUGCUUUGUAAUCUCCCCGUGAAAUUAUGAGAUACCCGGAAACAUCGCGAGGCAUAGCAUCGUGAUAUGAAUGAUCGGCAGAGCCGAAAAACUUCCAUGUGUCGCAACCUUUUUCUAGUCAGCAACGAGUUUUCUGAAAUAAACUUGUGAUAUUAUAGUGGACCAAUGGCUACAUCAGACUUCGUGUUGGGAGGCCUGGCCUCGGUGGGUGCCACGUUCUUCACCAACCCCAUUGAGGUGAUUAAGACCCGUAUCCAGCUGCAAGGAGAGCUGGCGGCCCGAGGCUCCUAUGUGGAGCCCUACAAGGGCAUUGUCCAGGCAUUCGUGACGGUGGCAAAGAACGAUGGCAUGACCGGCUUGCAGAAGGGCUUGGCUCCGGCUCUGUUCUUCCAGUUCAUCAUAAAUUCUUUCCGGUUAAGCAUUUACUCAUCGGCGGUAGAGAAGCGCUGGAUGCACAAAAAGAAUGGAGAGGUAUCCUUCGGGCUCGGCCUGAUGUGGGGAGCAAUCGGAGGAGUUGUGGGCUCAUACUGCUCCAGUCCGUUCUUCUUGGUCAAGACUCAGCAACAAUCGCAGGCUGCCAAACAAAUUGCCGUCGGCUAUCAGCAUACACACACCUCCAUGACCAAUGCCUUAAGGCAGAUCUACGCCAAGAAUGGGAUCCCCGGACUGUGGCGCGGAUCAGUUGCCGCCCUGCCCAGGGCCGCCAUGGGAUCCGGGGCCCAGAUAGCUACCUUCGGCAAGACCAAAGCAUUGCUCAUCGAGUACGACCUUGUCACCCAGCCCACGAUCAACUCCUUCUGCGCGGGGUUGAUAGCCGGCUCGAUCAUGUCGGUGGCCAUCACGCCGCCGGAUGUGAUCACAACGCGUCUGUACAACCAGGGCGUAGAUGUCCAGGGCCGUGGGCUGCUGUACAAGGGCUGGCUGGACUGCGUCGUGAAGAUCUUGCGCACCGAGGGCGUACACGGUAUGUACAAGGGCUUCUGGGCCAACUAUCUGCGGAUCGCCCCGCACUCCACUCUCGUGCUACUCUUCUUUGACGAACUGAUCGCCAUGCGCGAGAAGUAUGACCUGCACUACUGACUCAAUCAGUAGGGUUGUCCUGAUUGUCUACUUUAAGUACAAAUUUGUUCAAUUGUUUGAGAUUUUUUGUUUGCCUUAGUUCGUAGCGACCAGAGCUCCCAGUUCCAAUCUCCUAUGCUUAGCGUAGCCCAAAGAACUUUAAAUGUGCCUUCAGUAAGCUAAACCUGUACCUUUAUUUAUUAAUUGUGCAAUACUUUUGGUUAAUAAACCGGUUCAUUUGUUAUA